GCAGGUUGGAGGUUGAACAAAAGAGUUGGGGACUGGUGUGGAAUGAGGAGGACUCCCCAUCAAACCGCGGAGACGGAGACACAAAACAAAAGCGCUAAGCUUUGUUUCUUUCGAAGCAAAUCCACCCUUCAUUUCCCCCUAUCGAUCUUACUCAGCUGCUGAAACAAAACCCAUCUUCUUCUACUCCCAUGGCCUUCCAAUUGUCUCCUUUCUUCUUCUUCUUCUUCUUCUUCUUCUAAUCUUCUUUGGUUCAUAUCCUGAAGCAACCUUCUCCAUUUCUUUGUGUUUCUUUAGACUUCGGCUCUUUUGUAAAAAGAGAGUUAAGAUAUUUGUUUUACUGAAAAAAGAAAAAAGAAAAUGAAAGGUUGGAAGUGGGGUUUUGUUGGGCUUCUUUAUGCCGCCUUUGUGUUGAGGAUUGGUGCGGUGGAGCAGGGCCGGACUCAACCCACUGAGCGAAUUUCAGGUAGUGCUGGUGAUGUCUUGGAAGAUGAUCCAGUGGGAAGGUUGAAGGUUUUUGUGUAUGAGCUUCCAAGUAAAUACAACAAGAAGAUUCUGCAAAAGGAUCCGAGAUGCCUCACCCACAUGUUUGCAGCUGAGAUCUUUAUGCAUCGAUUUCUCUUAUCUAGCCCUGUUCGAACUCUAAAUCCUGAAGAAGCUGAUUGGUUUUACACCCCUGUAUACACAACUUGCGACCUGACACCAAAUGGCCUUCCUUUGCCUUUUAAGUCACCUCGGAUGAUGAGAAGUGCGAUACAGCUCAUUUCUUCUAACUGGCCUUACUGGAAUCGGACAGAAGGGGCUGAUCACUUUUUUGUAGUGCCUCAUGACUUUGCGGCAUGCUUCCAUUAUCAGGAAGAGAAGGCGAUUGAAAGAGGAAUUCUUACCUUGCUCCAAUGUGCUACAUUGGUUCAGACUUUUGGACAACAGAAUCAUGUUUGCUUAAAAGAGGGCUCAAUUAUAGUUCCUCCAUAUGCUCCUCCUCAGAAAAUGCAAACCCACCUGAUUCCUGAGAAAACUCCUAGGUCUAUCUUUGUCUACUUCCGAGGAUUGUUUUAUGAUGUGGGAAAUGAUCCAGAAGGUGGUUAUUAUGCAAGAGGUGCACGAGCAGCAGUGUGGGAGAACUUUAAGGACAAUCCACUUUUUGACAUUUCCACAGAACACCCAACCACAUAUUAUGAGGACAUGCAACGAGCUGUCUUUUGUUUGUGCCCCCUUGGCUGGGCACCAUGGAGCCCGAGAUUGGUCGAAGCAGUGAUAUUUGGUUGCAUCCCCGUUAUCAUAGCAGAUGACAUUGUUCUUCCUUUUGCUGAUGCAAUCCCGUGGGAAGAAAUUGGGGUUUUUAUAGCUGAGAAGGAUGUUCCGGACUUGGACACCAUCCUCACCUCAAUCCCAUUAGAUGUAAUAUUGAGGAAGCAAAGAUUGCUUGCUAAUCCUUCAAUGAAGCAAGCAAUGUUGUUUCCACAACCUGCUCAACCAGGAGAUGCUUUCCAUCAAGUCCUAAAUGGAUUGGCACGAAAGUUGCCGCACGACAAGAAUAUUUACUUGAAGCCAGGUGAGAGGAUCUUAAACUGGACAGCAGGUCCAGUGGGUGACCUGAAACCUUGGUAGCAACUAUGACAGCGCGUAUUCAACUCUAACCAGAAUUCUUGGCAUUAUGCCCCUUGGCUCACCCUCUUGAUCUUCUCAGAGCUUGUUGUUGUAAUUGAGGUGCUCGUUUUCAUCAAGUUGAAUUUUUUUUAUUUGACCAAAAUGUAGUAUAAAUGCCUUUACGUGGUUUUAGGUUGUGCCCCAUAUGUUUUACUGCCAAGUGGUUUCUUUGUUCUUAGAAUGCUGUCAUUUUGUGUUUUAUGUUAUCACCUACCCUUAAAAGAGAGGGAAGCAACUUUUAAAUCAGGACUGAUAUUUGUCCAAUUCGUUUGCUUAACUGCAUCAUGUAAAAUAUAGUGAUUUUGAUUCUCAUAAAA